CGCGCGCUGUUUGAAAGGGAGUGCUUUUUUCACGUAUUUCACGUUUUUGACAAAUCGCUGUUUUGUUGUGUUAUUCACUUCAAGAACAUUUAAAAAAACUUUAACUUGACUUUUGUCUGUUAAGUUUUGAUUUUAACCACUUAUAUAGUCUAUAUUGGGUAAAUUGUCUUGGCUGUUUCCAGUAGAAGUUCAUUAUGUCAAAAGUACCACAUAAAUGUAAUAGGGCGGAGUGUUACUUUUUGGUAGAUGAUGGAAUACAGUGUAAUAACUGUGAAAAGUGGUAUCAUAAGAUGUGUACUGGAUUACGUCCAGCUGCAUACAAACGUUGUACUGCUCCAACAUCCCACUGGAUGUGCAGAAUGUGUUGUUCUCCAAAGAUGACCUUAAUAAGGGAGGCUCACGAACUGCUGUCUAAAGCCAUGGAACUUCCUGAUGAUAGCGUGGCUAGUAAGAGUGACACGGACUGCCCGUCUGAAGAUGAAGCAGUAAGUGCCAUCAUGAAUGUUAUCACACCGGCGGUUACUAUCCCAGUUACCCCGGAAGUAAAACCUACUAGGCGUUCGAAGCGUCUUAGUAAGCGAAAAGGUAACAAAACGGAAGCUGUAAACAGCAUCUCAGAACCAGAGAACACCGUAAGCGAAGUUCACCAUGAAGGUGGCGCAGACACUGAUCUUGAUUGUACCAUCAAAAACUGCAGCAGCCCUGAGAAGCAACUGCAGGCAGAUGAUAAAUGGGUAACAAAAAUAAGCAGUCGAAGAAAUAUAGUAAUAUUGAUGGUAGGCAAACGUCUGUCACCUGUAGCCAGGCUGCAUCAAUAGUGGUGAGAAAGGACGUAGCCACUGCUAAAUACGACAAGCUCUCCUUAGACUCUAACAUAAUUGUUGGAAAUUUGGAAGAGUCCAAAGAAUCUGAUCCCGUGAAAAGGCACGAUCACGACCUUAAAUUAGUGAGUAGUAUUAUAAGGAAGAUGCUCCCAGCGAAUUUCCCUGGAGUAUCGAUUAAAAAGCUGAUUAGAAUAGGCAAAAGAGAUGAUGAAUGUUCUAGUCAGCGUAGGUUGCUUAAAGUAGUCUUAGGUUCUCCUGAUGAACGGAAUCAUCUACUGGCUAAUGUACACAACCUUGCCGGGUCAGGAAUUUCAGCCAGACCUGAUUUAUCUCUUGAAGACAGACUUAAACGAAAAGAAGUUUUGUCCCAGCUAGAAACAAGACGUAAAAAUGGUGAGACUAACCUUAAACUGGUGGGUUUUCAAAUAGUCAGGUCUUGGAAACGUAUGCUUCCAAGACCUGUGUGGAUAAGCCAGACCGCAUAGGAAGCCUGAAGGUAGUGUACACUAAUAUACGUAGUAUCGGGAACAAAUUUCACGAGCUAGGUGUAUUAGUAGAAGACCUUAGCCCAGGUAUUGUGGCCAUUACUGAAACAUGGCUGGUUUCGGGAUUAGAUGACACACCUGAGCUAUGCGGAUUUAGUUGCUUGCGCAGCGACAGAGUUAAGGGUCGUAGAGGUGGCGGGGUUGCUCUGUACAUCAACAACUCCCUACAUGUUCGUUCCGUGAAAUCUGAAGCUCAUGACAGUGGGACAGGUGAGGUAAUUAGCUGUGAAGUAAGCUUUGCAACCGGCACUCUACUCAUUGGAGUUCUGUAUAGAAGUCCCUAUUGUCAGUGUGAUGACUUCAUUUUAGAUCACCUCAAACAAUGGAGUAAACACAGUAGCUGUCUUAUUCUAGGUGAUUUUAAUGCACCUCAUAUAGACUGGGUAGCUGUCACAUCUCCAGGAUCCGCUGAUAAGUUUGACAGCCGGUUACUCUUGACAACCAUGGAAAAUGCCCUGACACAACAUGUCUUAGGUAGUACAAGAUUCGGUUCUACCCAAGGAUCUUCCUUGCUGGACUUAGUGCUUACUCAUGACAACGACGACGUGGAUGGUCUAGUUAUUCAUCCACCUCUAGCAAACAGUGAUCAUGGGGUGUUAGAUUUUAACUUAAGGGCUGGCAAUUUAGUCAGUUUUCAACCCAAAUCCCGGCCUAGUGUUUGGCAUGCUGACAUAGUGGCUAUAAAGGAGCGUGCUUCAACUGCCGACUGGUCAGUCAACAUUGUCUCAUCCAUUGAAGAUGAAUGGGAUAGAUUUAAGAAUACACUUGAGAGGGUUACCACUGAUCUCAUCCCCUGGAGGGUUCCUAAAAGGCCAACAAAUCGGCCACCAUGGAUAAAUAGACAAGCUAUAACACUCCUGAGACGGAGAAAAAGGUUCUGGAAUCUCUUUGUUUCUACUGGGCUACAGCAGUUCCGGCUGAAAUACUGUGAAACCAGAAACCAGUGUAAAACUUUGAUCCACCAGUCAAGGAUAGCUUACGAAACCCAGUUAGUUAAAAGUUCACCAGGCUGCCCAAAAAGACUCUUCUCAUAUAUCAAGAGAAGAACACGUAAGAGUGAUGCUAUCCCACCUCUUAUGCUUGAAGAUGACCAGACAAACAUGGCUGAGGAUAACUUGACUAAGGCUGAGGCUUUGUCCAAGCACUUUAGUCAAGUAUUCUCUGAUAAUAUUGAUACCAGCUUUGUAAAUUUUCCAGAAGGUAACUUGAAAAUGGCACCCUUAUACAUUGGAAAGGAUACUGUCCUAAAGUGGCUUCUAAGGCUCAAUCCUGGUAAGUCCAGUGGCCCUGAUGAACUCCACCCACGUAUAUUAACAGCAUUGGCUGAAAGCAUAGCCGAGCCAUUGUCGGUAAUCUUCAAUAUGUCUCUGGACCAGUCUAAAUGUCCAAGAGACUGGAAAGAUGCCAUCAUUAGUCCGGUCUUCAAAACCGGAUCUAGAAACUUAGUUCAGAACUAUCGUCCUGUUAGUUUGACCAGUAUUGUUGUUAAACUACUAGAAAGAAUAAUUCGUGAUGCUAUCAUUCAGUUCAUUGAAGGGAACAAACUUUUCGCUGUGGAACAGCACGGUUUUAGAGCAGGUCAUUCUUGCUUGACCAACCUUCUUUUGGCCAGAGAAAGUUGGGCAAGCUCAGCUGAUGCUAAUAUACCGGUGGAUGCCAUAUUCAUAGACCUUAGCAAGGCGUUUGACAGGGUUUCUCAUUCAGGUCUUCUAGUAAAGUUAGGUAGUCUGGGAAUCAAUAAAGUGGUUACCGACUGGAUUCAAGACUUUCUAAAGGACAGAAGACAAAGAGUACGAGUUAACGGGGUUUUAUCAACAUGGGAAUCGGUUAAGAGUGGCGUUCCUCAGGGUACAAUUCUAGGCCCACUUCUUUUCCUGAUUUAUGUUAAUGAGAUUCCAUCGGUAGUUAAGUCAUCCUGCUUACUGUUUGCUGAUGACAUCAAGAUAUGGAGGGCUUUGCACGAUGACAGUGAUCAACUUGCUUUGCAGGAAGAUUUAAACUUGUUAAGUGAUUGGUGUAAGCACUGGGCCUUGGAGAUUAACUUAAGCAAGAGUGUAGUUAUGCAUGUAUCCCAUAGUCACGUGCACAAUUACUCAAUGAAUGGCAUUACUCUCCCAGUGGUCACUGAGUACAAGGACUUGGGAGUGGUUGUGCAGCAUGACUUGAAAACAGCAACAAACUGUAGAACUGCAGCCACUAAGGGUUUUCGAAUGUUAUGGGCCAUACGCAAGGCUUUUGCGAACUUUGACGCUGAUAUAUUUCGUAUAUUAUAUCCGACUUAUAUCAGACCUCAUUUGGAAUAUGGGAUCCAGGCAGCGAGCCCGUGUUUCAAAUACGAAAUAGACUUAUUAGAAAGGGUGCAAAGAGUAGGAACUAAGCUAAUAAAGGGUUUCUCAACCCUGUCAUAUGAGGAGAGGUUAAGUCGACUGGGUUUAUUUCCACUGUCAUACAGACGACUUAGGGGUGACCUAAUACUAGCAUACCGUAUCCUAAGAAAUGAUUUUGGAGCUAAUUUAUCUAAAUUAUUUCUUCCUUCUAGCACCAACCAAUUGCGAGGACAUCACCUCAAGGUUCAAAAACCACGGUCGAAUCGUCUGCGUCUGGAAAUCCGUUUUUCGCAUCGAAUUGUGAACCAUUGGAACUCCCUACCGGAACACGUCGUAUCAGCGCCAUCCGUUGAUUCAUUCAAGGCGAGAUUGGACCUCCUGUAUGCAAUAAAUCGAAAGGAUUAACACAGGCAUAUAGCCUACUAUCCUAAAUAAAUUGUAAACUGUAAACUGUA